GCUGAAUCGCGAGUGUUACCAUGAAUUUACGUUAUCGUACAAAAAGUUUCUUCUAAACAUAGAUUAAACGGCAUGUGGGUGGAUGUGAGCGCUCGCGAGAAAUACAAUUACAUGACGCAAACCAACGGAUCAUUUAUCCCUGGGUAUACAGGGCACUGUCCUAUGCUGAAAUUCCGUUUUGGAAAAUGUUACGGCGACAACACGAGACAAAUACUAAGAGAAAUAAGAUCUAAGGGAUUGUUCAACAAACCGCUACGAUAUCGGCCGGGCGACAACUACGAGCUGCACAAUAUGCCCAAGAGACCAGCGCCGCAGCGAGACGUCUACGACGGGAUACAAUACCAUCAGCCUGCGUACAUGACAGGGUAUACGGGAUACGUGCCCGGUAUGAAUUUCAGAUACGGCAAGUCGUACGGCAGAGCGGCUGACGACUGCAUGGCCGAUUUUAUUGAGAGUCAGCGCGAGUUGCGCUGCAGGUCAGAUCUGAACCGAAGCUUUGUGCGCUCGCGCAGCGCCCCCAAGAUGGAGACCAUCCAUUCUAGGGACGAAAUACGUCGCGACCUCGACCGCUUCAGUGAGAUCAAUAAGUACAAAGACCACUCUAUAUCACCAGAGUUCCCACCAAUAGCAGGCUACACCGGUCACAUACCACGCAUCAAAGGAUCCGAGGCUUCCCUCAGCCAACGCUACCAUUGCGCCGCAAAACGAGGCCUAGAACUCAUCCAAAUGGAGCGAGACCAACGCGUAGAACUGCAGAAGGCAGACUCCAACGUCAAAACCAUUUUGAAAGACCACGAGAACAAAUAUUCGUAUUGGAACUGGGGAUAGCAUACGGGCAGAAGGAUGUUCUUCACCAAGCGACGGUGAACAUUCUUCUAUAAACGACAAUAGAACCAGUGAUUUAACACUAGAUUGGUCAGGGCAUCGUAUAAAAUACAUACCUCACAAAAAUUUUAAACGCUGUGGUGCGAUUCAAACUUAAUGGCUGUGCGAGUGGUAUGUAGGUAUGACGUUUCAAGGUGUCGCCUACUCAGAGGUCCCGGAUUCGAAUACCGGUGGGACAAAUGUUGUAUGAUAAAUGCGAGCAUUUGUAUCUAACUAAGUAAUAG